CUUGAUUAUGACCUUAAUACGAUACUGCAUUUAGCCGUAAAGGCUGGUAAAAUCGAAUAUGUUAGACUAUUCUUGGAAAUCGAUCCCUCGGCGUCUCGUGCUAUUAAUAAAAUCAAUAAUUCAAGAGAGUCGCCUCUUUGCAUUGCAGUUCAAAAUUCAAACCUACAUAUUACAGAGUUAUUGCUCAAGAAUGGUGCACACGUUCAGAUCACAUUGGAAGACUGUGAAAAUUAUUUAAAAGCAACUAGUUAUCCAAUUUAUCCAAGUAACCCGGUUAAUGUUCUUGAACGUGUAGAGCAACCAAUAAAACGCGGCUUGAACAAUGGUUUAUAUCGAAUUCUUGUGGAAGCUGGAGCCGAUGUAAAUACCUACUAUGACAACACAAAUACACGUACUAUUCGUGAUCACAUGCAAAGCAAAAUAAAAGCUAGCGUAGAGGAAUUACAAAAGUUCAAUCCAGCAGUUUCUAAAACAAAAGUAAUUGAUCUAGACGAAUUGUUGGAUAAUGAACGAAUGAAGCACUCGACAAAUUCUUAUGUUGGCCAUUUGCUGUCUUUAGCGACUGGAUCGGAUCUUAACACUUUUAUAAGAUGCUUUUAUCCACAAAUUCCUUCCGAUAUUGAAUUAAAAUAUCGUGAAAUCCCCAACUUUUAUAAUAAAGUCAAACCCGAGUCCGAAAACGAAAAACAGGAACGCCGAGCUAAAUUAGAACGCGAAUUGGAUGAUCAAAAAGA